CGACAAACCCUUUGGGCUACAAAACAAUGGUGGUCGUACGUUGAGGACUACCUGUAUUGCUUGGGGAAAUUCAUCGCCCCCUCUGUUUCUCUUGCCUCCCUCAGCAGUGAGACCGAGCUCACCGUGCCCGUCACCAUUCCCGACACCAUCACAGAUUGGAGAGCGGGAGCCUUCUGCUUGUCCCCCGCCGUGGGCUUCGGCCUGGCCCAAACCACCUACCUCAAGGCCAUCCAGCCGUUCUUCGUUGAGGUCACCCAGCCAUACAGCGUAAUACGGGAAGAAAUCUUUGCCCUGAAGGCCACCAUCUUCAGUUAUCUGAAACACCCUAUGCAGGUCAGCAUAUCGCUAUUGCUUUCUCCCGACUUCGAUGCUUCCCCUGUGGACAAGGAACAGGCUUCCUAUUGUCUUCCCGUGGAUGGAAGGAAAACAGUCUCAUGGAAAGUUACUCCCAAAACUCUGGGUAAGUGCUGAAGGUUAAACAUGGCUUCUUA